AUGAAAGAUUUGGGAGCUCUUAGAUAUUUUCUGGGAUUGGAAAUUGAUCAAACAAAUAGAGGUAUAUUUGUAUCUCAAAGAAAAUACAGCACUGAUCUUCUAAAGGAUCAGGGCAUGCUUGAUGUGAAGCCUCUUAAACUCCCCAUGGACACUCAUCUCAAACUUACAGCAGAGAAAGGGACACUUCUUCCCAGUCCUGUCAUAUAUCAAAAGCUUCUUGGGAAGCUUAUAUAUUUGACUGUAACUAGACCUGAUAUAGCUUUCUCAGUUCAAUUGCUCAGCCAAUACAUGCAUGCUCCUACCUCUACUCAUAUGCAAGCUGCAAAGAGAUUGCUUAGGUACUUGGCAGGAACAAAAUCUCAGGGCAUCUUACUUGCUUCCUCCUCUGCUGCUCACUUGACUGCUUACUCUGACAGUGAUUGGGCAAGCUGCCCCAAUACCAGACGUUCCACUACAGUUUAUUGCAUUCUACUUGGUGAUUCUCCUGUUUCCUGGAAGGCCAAAAAGCAAUCUAAAGUGGCUUUAUCUACAGCAGAAGCAGAAUACAGAGCCAUGGCUAUGACUGCUUGUGAAGUUACUUGGCUGAAAUCUCUUCUCAAAGACCUUGGUUUGAAUUGUCUUGCUCCAACUAUUUUAAAGUGUGACAAUCAAGUUGCCCUUGCUAUUGUUGCCAACCCAGUGCUUCAUGAAAGAACCAAGCAUGUGGAAAUGGACUAUCAUUAUGUUCGAGAUAUGGUCAAGGAUGCUAUAACAGUUGCUGCUCCAAUGUUGGUAUACCACCUGUCCUGUUGUAGCUUCCUCGCAGACUCUCCCUCUUCUCUCUACUCUUUCUUCUCUGUUUACAAUCCCCUUGCACCUGCUUUGAUUAUUGACAGGUUUAUGCUACGAGAUUCUGGAGUAAGAAUGAAGCAUGGUUCAAAGUCUAAGUCUGCUAUGGAAGGAUAA